CUGACUGGUAAAUAUGAAAUGUGACCCCACACAAUCCAAAGGCCUAACAAUGGAUAGCAAACAACACUUGGUGUCAGUUUCAGAAUUUCUUGUUUUUCUGAUUCUGAUGAUAGCAAAAUCCAUUGCCAAACGAACGAAGCUAAACAAAACAUAGAAAAAAAGGGAGGAAAUGUUAACAGCACCUUCACUUUCCCGCUUUAAGUCUCCAUUUAUCAGCUCACCUCUUAAGCUUCCUCCUCUUUCUUCUUCUUCUUUCAUUCAGAAAUUUCAUCAAACACAUCGUAGGCGAAAUUCUUACCCAUGUAUUAGAGCUGUGGAUCUUGAUCAAAACACGGUGAUAGCAAUUACAGUUGGGGUGCUCAGUCUUGCUAUUGGAGUUGGAAUUCCAGUUUUUUAUGAAACCCAAAUUGAUAAUGCUGCAAAAAGAGAGAAUACGCAGCCCUGCUUCCCCUGCACUGGCACUGGUGCUCAGAAAUGCAGAUUUUGCAUGGGUACUGGCAGUGUGACGGUGGAGCUUGGAGGGGGUGAGACAGAAGUCUCUCGGUGCAUCAAUUGUGAUGGUGCUGGUGGUUUGACUUGCACAACAUGUCAAGGAAGUGGCAUUCAACCUCGGUACCUUGAUCGCAGGGAAUUCAAGGACGACGAUUAGAUAUGGAACAUUUAUGUUCAUCCCCUCUCUCUGCCUUUCUCAGUUUUCACACAUUCCUUUCACCUUCUGUUCUUACAUGUAAUCUUUAACAAGUUGAGCAAUACAUGAUUUCAAUACCAGCUUUGUCCAAUUACUAGA